UUGAAUGCAAAUGGCGAACCCCUUGUUGGAAAACCAGACGGGGCUGUAAUGUCGCUUGGAGGGGUGCUGGAUAACAAAAAACAUGGCGGCGCCCAUGUCGUGAAACAUGAACCGCUCGAAGAUACAUGUUUACCAUUGACAGAACGGUUUCUUGUCACCGAAACCCUGUCAGAAAACGAAAACAACGUGUGUGACGGAGAAAGAAAUCAAGAUGGCGACCAGAAGCUACAUGACAAUGAUGAAAAUGGUCUUGGUGAAAAUUUGCCAUUUUUGCCAGAGUUGGGGACCGACUGCCUCGAUAGUUAUGACAGCGCUGUGGUUGAAAACAAUACCGAAUGGUUGAAGGCAAGGUGUAAAAACUUUGGACAGGUUGAAUUUGAUAUAACGCCACAAACAACUGGGGAUGACACCCUUGAUUUUCCUGGUAUUUCAAUUGACAGUAAAGUUAUUCUGCAGAAUUGUGAAAGUUAUGAACCAAAUUCUCAUACGGUUUCAAAUAUAGGUGCUACUUCCUCAAAUAAGAAAAUAUCAGAUAGUAAAUUAAGCAUUCAGGGGAAUGGAUACGCGACUCCGUACUUGUCACUUCAAAGUGCACAGAUUCCAGAUGGAGAUAUCAGUGGCAGUUCGGUUACAUUGCCAAGCUCUAUGGAUGCUUCGCUAGAACACGUGAUUAUGAGUGCUGUAGGGGGACCAAGUGCAGCUGAUGUUACUGGUAGCAGCAAUGAAAGCUCUUCCUUUGCAGACUUAAAUAUCUUGCAGCAAUCAAAACUUUUUGUGAAAGAUGGUAUAUUGUCCGUAAUGCCAGAUUCUCAAAUUGUCCCAUCUAAUGAGGGCAUUUGUAUUAGUAGUGACACUGUUGUUCAGCCUAGCACUGCCUCUAGUCAGGAAAACUGCUCACUUUCACCAGUACAGCAAGAAACAUUAACACUAGAUGCAUCAAAUGUACAGAAUGUUGCUAAUUCGCAAAACUUGACUGAAAAUUUAGCAUUAACAACAAUUUCUAUAGCAACAGAUAAAUUAAGCAACCUCACUAAAAUUCUAGUCAAUACGAGUCAGGGCCAGCAAAUGUACCAUCUCAAUAUAGCAGAUCUUACGAAGGCUCAAAACAGUAAUGCUGUAGCCAAAGAGUUUGAGAAACCCACAGCUGUAGUCACACAACAAGUUCAGGCCCCUACCAUAUCUAAUCAAAAUGUGUUAUUACUUCCAAUUCAAGAUGGGGAGAACAGCAGUAUGUUUUCUUUCACAUCUCCAAAGGAGAAGACUGUGUCACCACCUGUUAGGGAGAGUAAGGCAAAACACGAAGCAAUGUUUCUUUGUGGAGAAGAAAAUUGUGGGAAACUGUUCAAAACUCUGCCAAAAUUGCAGGUGCACUCCAUGACUCACACAGGGGAGAGACCAUUUAAGUGUUCAGAGCCAGGUUGUGAUUGGGCAUUUACCAAGUCUUACAAGCUUAAAAGGCAUGAAGAAUCUCAUAAAGGAAACAAAGAUUUUGUGUGUUCAUAUUGUCAUAAGAAAUUUACAACAAUAUACAACUUGAAGACACAUAUAAAACAACACAGUCGACCAUGUACAGAAGAGUGUCCAGUUGAAGAAUGCGGGCUCAAGUUUCAGACAAGACGAGAGCUAGACAAACAUAUGAAAACGCAUGAAGGCAUUGAGAAAACUUACAAAUGUCCUUACGAAGGAUGUAAUAAGGUGUUUUUAUCGCCUCACUGCCUUGGUUCACAUCCCCGAGUCCACCAGGCCGAGCCGCAGGACUUGACAUGCCAGUAUGAAGGUUGUGGGCGCAAGUUUGACAAGCUGUGCAGACUGAAGCAGCAUCAGCGGACACACACGGGAGAGAGACCUUAUGUCUGUCAUUUCACGGGUUGUAACUGGGCAUUUUCCACAGCCAGUAAGCUAACACGUCAUAUGACGAAGCAUACAAACAAACGUAAAUGGAUUUGUAACGAGUGUGGCAAGGCAUUCCUGAGGGCAGAGCAUCUCAAGGGUCACAUGAUUACUCAUACAGGGAUCAAACCAUUUACAUGUCCUGUUGAAGGCUGCGGACAAAAAUUUGUGUCAAAGAGUAGUGUGUAUGUUCAUCUUAAAAAGCAUGAAAAGGCCAAAAAUCUCAAACUACUUGAAGAUAAAAACGUCACAUAUCACUGCCCCAUGGAUUCCUGUGAUAAAAAAUACAACACAAAGGCGAAGUUACGUCAGCAUAUACUCAAACAUUUCCCUGGUACAAUGAAGCCUGAAGAUGCUGCUCAUAUAGAUAUAGUGCCACUGUUCAAAAAUCAGUCACAGGAAGCAAGGAAAGAAACUGUUGUUAUGCCGUCAACUGUUUCUGUAAAAACCACUCAGGAUGGAACUAUAAUGAACAUUGACCCUCUAGAGUUCAUGGCCACAACAAUUGAUCCUAAGGAUGGUACCCCUGUUACAGUACCAAACCAGUUUACAGCGGAACUGACAGCUGAAUUAACUAGUGUUGUUGCUAAUAGUGCUGUCCCAAUAAAAAAUGAACCAGAGAAGUCUAUUCUGAGAAAUAAUGCAAAGAAAGAGAACAGUGAAAGAAUGGGCUCUGCUAGAACAGAUUACCAUAGUAACAAGUUGCUUAGUGACAGAGCCAAGAAAAGAAGAAAACUUCUACGAGAGAAGGCAGAAGGCAGUUCUGUUUCUGAUGAUAUGUCGGACCAGCAGCAUGAUGCAAUGACAUUGGAGAGCUCUAGUUCAAACCAGCUUAGCUCACAUGGUAUAACAUUCAGAGACCCAGAGACAGGUGUCCUCUAUGUACAGAUGCAGUUACUACAGGAUGAUCCACCACAUCCUGACCUGUAUUCUGAUGAGAGUAUACUGAAUGGACAUCUAGACAUGUCACAUGACUCGAGCAGCGCAGGAAUCGAUGAGCAGGAUCAGAGCUCCUCGGAAUUUGUGGGUUCUACUAUCAACUUACAAGAUCUUGUUGGAUGAAAUCUCAUCAUUUUACAGCUGAAAAAAGUGCUAUGUUGCAAGUUUGAUGUUCUGCUUGACAGCCCUGAUAGAAAUCGAUAUUGAAAGAUAUGCAUAGUCAUCCAACCAUGUGUGAAUGUUCCUAUUUGGACAGAUACAGGCAUGCAGUUCUGGUGCCAGUGAUGAAGUCAUGCAAUGAUCAUAGACCAGUUAAAUCAUUCAGAUACACUGUCAACUGUGCAAAGAUCUUGUUUCAUUAUAUUAUCUUUGAAAUUCUUCGAGAAGGAGUUAGCAUUGCUGAGCAGUAGUUUGGAUUGCUGGCAGUGUAAUUGCAGUUAUACUGAUAUUGAAAUAUUAAGAUAAUUUUGAUUAAUGAUAUGGUAGUGAAUGCUAUUGAUACAGGUGAUGAUGUUGCUUAUUAGACUUUCCAUUGGUUAUAAGGUAGAUAUUCUGGAAACAUAGCCAAGUUUUAUGCUGUCUUGAAUUCAGGUCACAUGAUGACAAACCACCAGAAAUUGAGGUUUUUUGCCGAAACUGCCUAUUUUUUGUCUUUUGAUGUACACAAAUAUCACAAAAUAUUGGAGUUGAGGUUGGAGUGGGAGAAUCUUGUAGGGAAUAUAGGAUUUGAAGUAGAUCGAGGAAAGUAACAUCCUCAUAUCCUUGAGCAAGCUGUCACUUUAAAAUUGUUUCCAUAUAGACUUGGAACAAAUUUGUUGAAUGGCACAUUUUAAAGUUGGUGUUUAAAAUUUUUUAAAAUUUUAGAGUUUAUAACAGCUUCGUAAUCAUGAAAUUUUAAACUGACAGUUUCGCUUUUUUUUCAGUCUUUCAUUGUUGAUUAGACAUUUUCAGAAGAUAAGUAAAACAUUAAAAAAAAAUAUCAUUUAAGCUCAUAUUGACCUUUUGGUGAAUCGUUUGUCCUCCACCUCUGGUUUAUGUUAGGAAGUUGUUGAAACAACACAGCACUGAUUUGGAACAAGAGAACACUUAGCUUUUAUGCUUUCACAUACCUUAAAUUGUGUUUGAAAAAGAGUUGUUAAAAAAUUGUGUUUGAAAAAGAGUUGUUAAUCAAAGAUGGUCAGCAAUAUUUUAAGUACACAAUUUUCUUCUAAUUGUGCUAACUACUUUCCUUAAAAUAGACUGGGCUCCAGAAUAAUUACCCUGACUGAAAUCCACAUUAAGAUAGCAAUUAUACCCCCCUUAUGGAAUCCACAUUUAAAUGGCCAGGAUAAACCCCCUUAAUGAAAUCGUGAUAUUAAUGGACAUGACAGUACCCUUUACUGUCAGGAACCUACCAUAAAAUAGCCAGGAUAUUCCCCAUACUGACUGGAAUACACUUAAAUAGCAAGGAUGAUCUCCCUUUCUGAUAAGAAUCCACAUUUAGAUAGCCAGGGUAAUCCCCUUUUCUGACUGGAAUCCACAUUUAAAAAGCACAUAAAAUUAUAGUCAUCUUACAUAUUGGAAUACAAAUUUAAAUAGCCAGAAUAAUACCAGAUACCCCUUAGUGGGAUGAGUCCACAUUUAGAUAGCACAGGUAAUCCCCUUACAUAUUGGAAUCCACAUUUAAAUAGCCUGAAUAAUACCCCUUACUGGCUGGAAUUCACAUUUAAAUAGCUAGCAUAAUUCCUUUUACUGACUAGAAUCCACACAGCAUAAUCCUGCUUUCUAACUUGAAUCCACAUUUAAAUGGCCAGGAUAAUCACCCUUUCUAACUUGAAUCCACAUUUAAAUAGCUAAGAUAAUUCUCUUACUGACUAGAAUCCACACUAAAAUAACUAGAAUAAUUUGCUUGGCUCUGAGGUCAGAAUGUGCAUUCUGUAAACCCAUACCAGACAAAUGUGAUCAGAAAAGUUGAGUUCAGUGGAAGAAAUGCAGUAUAAAUGUAACUAUGCUGUGAUAUUUUCAAGUUAACAAACUGAGGUAUAAAUGUUCCCUGCCCAAUACUCAUCCCAAACUUGCUGCCAGCAAGUCUCAGGUACUCUCCUUGUUGCCAUUCAGGCUCGGGUACAUGAUUAUCCAUAUUUCCAUUUAAAAUGACAUGUUAGCUUCUUUUAUCAGUCAGCUGCACUCCAGUCUGACUAUGUCAAAUUUAUUAGAGCCUGUUAGCAAGGAGAAGUGAAAUUGUUUUUAUUUUAUUUGAAAUGUAGAAGUAUUAAACUGUAACGGGGCAUAAUUAUAUAGUGAUACUGGUGCUAUGGUUACACUCAGCAUUAUCCAGAUUCUGUUGUAUUGUAUUGAGUGUUAAUUGAUAUUAGAUUUGGUUUUAAACCAUUAUACUUCAAAGCCAGUUUACUGGCAACCUAUAGAUUAUAUAUACACAUGUUGCAUUUUAAAUGUGUUGUUUUUCUCACAUUUUUUAGCUCCACUAUUCGGAAAAUAGGGGUCUAUACUACUCGCCCCGGCGUCUGCGUGACCCUUCUUGGUUAAAGUUGUUUGGCAAUCUUUGUUUUUCUGUCAUAUCUUUGUUACUAUUGCUUGUAUCUUACUGUAACUUCACAUAAAUAUUGUCCAGUGUACAAACAAUAUAUGGGUAGGGGCUGAGCCCAUUAUACCCAAGGUCAAGGUCACCAAGGUGUUAUACUUGGGUUAUUUUUAUGGUUAAAGUUUUUCGGCAACCUUUGUUUUUCUGUCAUAUCUUUGUUAAUAUUGCUUAUAUCUUACUGUAACUUCACAUAAACAUUGUCCAGUAUGCAAACAAAAUAUGUAUAGGGACUGGGCCCAUUAUACCUAAGGUCAAGGUCACCAAGCAUUAUAAGGUUAAAGUUUUUCGGCAACCUUUGUUUUUCUGUCAUAUCUUUGUUAGUAUUGCUUAUAUCUUACUGUAACUUUACAUAAACAUUGUCUUGUAUGCAAACAAAAUAUGUGUAGGGACUGGGCCCAUUAUACCCAAGGUCAAGGUCACCAAGAUGUUAUACUUCGGUUAUUUUUAAGGUUAAAGUUUUUCGGCAACCUUUGUUUUUCUGUCAUAACUUUGUUACUUUUGCUGAUAUCUUACUGUAAGUUCUCAUAAACAUUGUCCAGUAUACAAACAUAGUAUAUGCAGGGGCAGGGCCCAUUAUACCCAAGGUCAAGGUCACAAAGGAGUUAUACUUUAUUAAUAGACAUAUCUUUGGUACUUUAAAAGAUAAAGACUUGAAAUUGAAAAUAUUUGUUUAUAAUCAUCAUCUGCAUGUGUGGUUACAUACCCCAUAACUCUAAUUGUAUUUUUGACAGAAUUAUGCCCCUUUUGUACUUAAACUUUUUUUGCAAUCUUCGCUUUCUGGAUAUUACUUUAAUGCAAUAUAAGAUAAAGACUUGAAACUUAAAAUGUAUCUUAUCACCAUCAUCUGCAUGUGUGGUAACAAUCCCCAUAACUCUGAUUUGUAUUUUUGACCAAAUUUUGCCCCUUUUAAACUUAAUUUUAAUACUUGUUUUCUGAACAUAACUUUGGUACUAUAUAUUUGGAACUAAAAAUAUAUCUUUACCAUCAUCAUCUGCAUUUGUUGUAACAACCCUAAUAUCUCUCAUUUGUGUAUUUGAUGGAAUUAUGCCCCUUGGUGUAUUUUCCUUUUAUAGUACAGGUCUCUUAUUCAGACAUAUAUUCAUUUUACUGUCAAAUCCCCGAAUAGUGGAGCGCGCUGUCUUACAGACAGCUCUUGUUGGAAUUGAAAAUCUCCAAGGGUGAAAAGUUUUAGCUUGUAAAUCAGCUGACAUUAACAAAAAGCUUGAUAUGAAAAACCUGAGGCCAUUGCGUAUUUAGAUAUUACAUAGAAAACAUGUUUUAAAGAAAGCACUUUUCAGGUGUAGCGUGAAGUUUACCAUUUCUGGAUUCUAAAGGUUUCAGAUACCUAUUCCUCAGACUGGCAGACAAAAUGAGAAGAAAAUGUUAAAUAGAGGUACAUUUUUUUAUUACAAAAAAUGUACAUGUUUUUCAGUGAGUUAUCAAAACAUUAGAAUGAAAUAUAUCUGGUAUUUUAACAGUGAAAAAUAUCAAUAUAUUUUUCACUUGUAAGAAAGUAUAAAAUGGAUAAAUUUAGUCAAAUCAUGAAAUAAAAAGAAAAUGUGUUUUACAUGUAAGAUCAAAAUAUCUUUAACUCAUGAAAACCAUAUUUACAUGUUCACUUUUGCAUUUGCCAUUCACGAAAAUAUUACAUCUGGUAUUCUUUCAUGAAAAAUAUUUCAAUCACACACUGAAACAAAACUGAGAAUCCUCUGUUUAUUGUAACAUAACUAAAAUUUCUAGAUAAGUUCCAGGGUACAUCUGUUUCAGCCAAAGCAAAAAGAGGGUUAAAAAUAUAAAAAAAAACACAAAAAAAACUUUAGAAAUUGGUAAAAUGCAGUGUAACACUUUAUAAAAUCAGGGAAAAUAAAUAUUUGUUGCCAAAAUGUCAUAGUAUGAUUAAAUUCAUUAAUCAUAUCCCAGUAAACAAAGUCCACUUAUUUUUGCCAAAGUUAUGGUCCCUUUCUGAUGUAAAAGGUUGUCUAUUAAAUUACUCUGGAACAGGUGAAUGGAUUGAAUUCAUUUUAAGUACACUGAUGUAUUACCAUAAAAUACAGGCCAUGUUCAGUCUUAGUUAUAAUCUGCCAAUUUUUGGCAGAAUUACGGCCUUUUUCUGACUUAAAAUUUUACCAAAUAUCUUGAAAGGAUGAGUGGAUUGAAUUCAUUUUUAGUACACAGGUUCAUGAUAAUGAAUUCAGAAUGCAAGAAGCAUAACUCUGUUAUAGAUAUUUUCAAAUUAGUUCCCUUCUUGCACUUAGUAUUUCCCUUGUUCGGAGCAUAACUCAACAUUCUUACUAUAGAUAGGU